AUGCUCAGUUCGGUCUGCGUCUCCUCUUUCAAAGGGCGCAAGGGUGGGAACAAGUCAUCCAACAAAGCAUGUUACACUGCAGACAUGACUUGUCCGUCGGAAAGCGAGAAAAUCGUGAUAAACUGCGGGGGGGUGCGGCAUGAAACCUAUCGAAGCACCCUAAAAACGUUGCCCGGUACCCGCUUAUCUUGGCUUACCGAACCGGACGCCUUUAGCAACUUCGAUUACGACCACAAAAACGACGAGUUCUUCUUCGAUCGCCACCCGUCCGUCUUUUCAUUCAUCCUCAACUAUUACCGCACAGGGAAGUUGCACUGUCCGAACGAUGUGUGCGGUCCGCUGUUCGAAGAGGAGCUGGCAUUCUGGGGCAUCGAUGAGACGGACGUGGAGGCUUGUUGCUGGAUGAAUUACCGGCAGCACAGGGACGCAGAGGAGGCGUUGGACAGCUUUGAGAAUCCCGAACCGGAGUUGCCAGAAGACGACCCAGCUCUACCAGGAGGCGCAGAUGGGGACAUGAAAAGACUGUGCUUGCAUGAGGACGGAAGGAAAAAGACUUGGUGGGAAAUCUGGCGGCCCAGAAUGUGGGCCCUUUUUGAAGACCCUUAUUCCUCAAAAUACGCCCGGUACUGCGCAUUCCUCUCCCUUCUGUUCAUCCUCAUCUCCAUCUCCACCUUCUGCAUGGAGACGCACGAGGCCUUCAAUACCAUCUACAACAAGACGGAGAACGUGACGGAGGGAAACGUGACGCGUGAGGUGAUCGUCUACGAGGUGGUGACCGACAGCUGGCUUACGUACGUGGAGGGCAUGUGCGUCAUCUGGUUCACCAUUGAGGUGAUGGCACGCGUAGUCUUCUGCCCGGACAAGGUCGAGUUCUUCAGGAGCACCCUCAACAUCAUCGACUUCAUUGCCAUCAUGCCUUUCUAUCUGGAGGUGGGGCUGAGCGGCCUGUCCUCCAAAGCCGCCAAGGACGUGUUGGGCUUCCUGCGUGUGGUCCGCUUCGUCCGCAUCCUGCGUAUCUUCAAGCUGACCCGCCACUUUGUGGGGCUUCGCGUCCUGGGCCACACGCUCCGUGCCAGCACCAACGAGUUCCUCCUGCUCAUCAUCUUCCUCGCUCUCGGAGUGCUCAUCUUCGCCACCAUGAUCUACUACGCCGAGCGCAUCGGCGCCGACCCUGAUGACCCUACGGCUGCCAAACACACAAACUUCAAGAAUAUCCCCAUUGGUUUCUGGUGGGCCGUGGUCACCAUGACCACUCUGGGCUACGGGGACAUGUACCCCGAGACGUGGUCGGGGAUGCUGGUGGGCGCGCUGUGCGCCCUGGCAGGGGUGCUGACCAUCGCCAUGCCUGUGCCCGUCAUCGUCAACAACUUUGGCAUGUACUACUCACUGGCCAUGGCUAAGCAGAAGCUUCCCAAAAAGAAGGGCAAGCACAUCCCCCGCCCCACCAUGCCGGGCUCGCCCAACUACUGCAAGCCUGACGCUCUCGCUAUGGCCACCGCCUCGCCCCAUAGGAUCCUGGGUAAUGUACUCGGCGAGGUGAUCGGGUCCGGAGGCUUCGACUGCCCCCUUGCUCAAGAGGAGAUCAUAGAAAUCAACCGAGAUUCCAAGCAGAACGGCGACGCGGCCACUGCGGCCCUGGCGAAUGAGGACUGCCCUACCAUCGACCAGGUGCUGAGCCCGGACGAGCGGAGUCCCGCGGGGCGAGGGGGCACCGGAGUAACCCGGGAACGCUACCAGCAGGACCGCGCUUGCUUCCUGCUCAACACCAGGGAAUUCCGCGCCACAGAUGGGAAUGUGCGGAAAGCAACUGGCUAUGAGAAAUCUUGCAGCCUGAACAACAUAUCAGGAAUGGCCGGGUCAACCUUGCGCCUCACUCCAAUUACUAGCCCGCCCUUUGAAACCUAUGAGGCCCCAGGACCAUUGCGCCGCUGCCGUUCCCCAAUCCCCUCCAUUUUGUAG